CGUGGCAAAAGGGUCAGUCCGAGACGAGCAGGAGUGGUUGGAACCUUCUUCCCCAUCCUUUCCUUCCCCUUCCCCUUCCCCUACGGGGAGAGGCUGAGAGCCGGCACCCAGGCCACUCCGCGGCCGCCGUGGCCUCAGCUGCAGCCCGGCCCCGCGUCCGGAGAACCCACUCAGUGUCCAGGGCGGUGCGUAACGCUCCUGAACGAGCUUCUCACCCGGGAGGGGAGGGGAGCGAAGCGGAGCGGAGCGGAGGGGGCGAGGUCCCGAGUGCUCCUGAUUGUGACGUCAUACCCACACCUUGGCCAUGAAACUUGUUACUAGGAAGAAAGACGCAGUAGUCAGACAAUAGCCAACAAGAUGGGAUACUUGGAGCAUCUCCUGAGUGGCACUGAGUGGAGGCAUCAGGGGGUUGGAACCUUGUAAACAGGGAACCUGCCCCCCACACCUAGAAGGACCUGGGUUUCAGUGAUGAGACAUGGGGUAUGAUGUAACACGUUUCCAGGGGGAUGUUGACGAGGACCUUAUCUGCCCUAUUUGCAGUGGAGUCUUGGAGGAGCCAGUACAGGCACCUCACUGUGAGCAUGCCUUCUGCAACGCCUGCAUCACCCAGUGGUUCUCUCAGCAGCAGACGUGCCCGGUAGACCGUAGUGUUGUCACGGUUGCCCACCUACGCCCAGUACCUCGGAUCAUGCGGAACAUGUUGUCAAAGCUACAGAUUGCCUGUGACAACGCUGUGUUUGGCUGCAGUGCUGUUGUCCGGCUUGACAACCUCAUGUCCCACCUCAGUGACUGUGAGCACAACCCGAAGCGGCCUGUGACCUGUGACCAGGGCUGUGGCCUGGAGAUGCCCAAGGAUGAGCUGCCAAAUCACAAUUGCAUUAAGCACCUGCGCUCUGUGGUGCAGCAGCAGCAGACUCGAAUCGCAGAACUGGAGAAGACGUCCGCUGAACACAAGCACCAGCUGGCCGAACAGAAGCGAGACAUCCAGCUGUUGAAGGCUUAUAUGCGUGCGAUCCGAAGUGUCAACCCCAACCUUCAGAACCUGGAGGAGACAAUUGAGUACAAUGAGAUCCUCGAGUGGGUGAACUCCCUGCAGCCGGCAAGAGUGACCCGCUGGGGAGGGAUGAUCUCCACCCCUGACGCUGUGCUCCAGGCUGUAAUCAAGCGCUCCUUGGUGGAGAGCGGCUGCCCAGCCUCUAUUGUCAACGAGCUGAUUGAAAAUGCACAUGAACGUAGCUGGCCCCAGGGUCUUGCCACACUAGAGACAAGACAGAUGAACCGGCGCUACUAUGAGAACUAUGUGGCUAAGCGCAUCCCCGGCAAGCAGGCUGUUGUGGUGAUGGCCUGCGAGAACCAGCAUAUGGGUGACGACAUGGUGCAGGAGCCAGGGCUCGUCAUGAUAUUUGCGCAUGGUGUGGAGGAGAUCUAAGAGAGCAGCAUAACUGGCUAUGAGGAAGAGGUAGAAUUGGAAAAUCCCAUUGCUCCAGCUGCUGAGCUCUGAGCUCGAGCACUGUCCUUAUGCCGUGGCUUGUAAUUGAGCCACACACUCCCUGCUUUUCUGGCACCAAGGAUCUUGAGGCACUUCGCUCAGCCUCUCAGCGGGUGGACACAGGUUCCUGCCUUCUGCCAUAUUCCUCCCCCCCACAACGUUGUAAAGUUUCAGUCUGGGUGGGAAAAACCCCACUUCUGUAUUUUCCUGCCUAAGAUCCCUGGAUCCCAAAUAUUUUUCAGAAAGCACAAAGAAAUUUGUUUUCCCCAGAGGAUCAGGGUGGAGUGAGGAAUCUCUAAUUGUCCCUCUCUUCCAAAACCAGGAGAUCCGAGCAGGCAGGCUUGCUGACUCCCCGCAGCUCUGAGGAGCAGACAUCCUGCAGAAGUGCUGAGGGUGUGCCCGGCCAUCACUGACAACUCUUGGGGAAGACUGGACUUUGUGCCACGCACGCCCCUGUGCAGCCCACCCUGAGGUGCAGGCCUUGCUGAGUGUGCAGGGUGGGACGCUGAGAUGCCCAUUCGAACUCUUCUUUCCUUCAGUCUUUCAUAAUUAGGGAAGGGCAGGGCUGGGGUGGGGUUCGCCUGGGGUUCUUAACACUCAGCAGGAAGCUACAGUCCGGCUCUGCUGACCAGGACCAGCACCAGCACUGUGUCUCAUGGCGUGUCCCUGGUACCUCCAUAGGCCCCUCUCCAGCCCUGUGACUGUAGUUAGUGUGAUUUCCUUUAGCAUUGUUUGUUUAAAUUUCUUGAGUCACAAAUCCCUUCUGUUACCUGAUUUUGUUUUCAGAGAAUGGCCUGGUUAUGGCUGUCCUACUCUCCAGCCUGGCCACAUUGUUGGCAAUUUAAUUUAUUUACCUUUUUUUUUUUUUUAAGAAAGGAAAAAAGAAAAAAAAAAUCAAAACUUAAAACCUUUCUUUUGCUGUUCCUAUUGUGGGGAUUCUGGUUAGGGUGGGCCUGGGUAGGGUUUGUUUUAUAUGUUUCCUUUUCAGCACAGCCUGUGGUCUGAUACCCGCUCUGGCCCUACUCCUCCAUCACCCUGUCUGAAACAGGAGCUUUGGCUAUGACAGUCCAUCGCCAAUGCCUGUACCCCAUAAAGAAAUUUGCCCCUGCCCCUCAGUCUCCUUGUGAAACCCCAGAAUUGACAUAUAUUGACAAAAUUGAAGGCAACUCUUGGGUUUCUGAGCAAACUUCUGCUUAUUUGGGUUCUAACCUUCAAAUGGGGUACAGAUUAGAUAUGUUUCCAAAAACAAGCUGAAUACACUGCACAACCCUAGUCCACCUAAGGACUUGGGGGCCAUUCAGGGCUCUGUGGGUCACUGCUGGGUCCCUGUGGUGACAAGGAGGAAUAGUAUGAUUGUUUUAAAAGCUCAUGUUGCUGUGGGAUUGGCAAGGUCCGGGACCCCCUUCGCCAUAUACUAGCUUCUCUUUGGGAGUUUCGUUCCAGGCCAGCUGUUGGUUGAGGGAGCUGAGUCAUGGCUCUUUUGGGAUCAGGGUGCAAGGAAGCAGCUUGAGGACCAUAAGGAAGAGUUGGUAUUCCAGCUCUAAGGCAACGUGCUCAGGAAUUUGAAGAGGCUGCUAUACUUUGUAGGGUUACUGUGGUUUGUUUUUUGUUUUUUGUUUUUUUUUUUUUU